AUGUUUCAGGAACCUACGACGAACUCUCUUUUCCUGUUCCUUUUUCUGAGCCAUGGAGUGGCAAGUCAUAGAGUUCCAAAUUCCAGGCAGGAUUUGCAUCCGUUGUUGCAAAAAAUGGCGGAAGAAAUAAUAGAUGGAAGCUAUCUGAAUGCCUUGCUGGAUCUCAUACAGUUUCAGAGCUCCCACGUGUGGACGGCAGACCUGUCCCACAGAGUCCUGGCCUAUCUGAAUUCACGGAAUGUAGCCUUCACCAUCGCCAGCCUGCAGGCAGCCAUGGAAAAUCACCUGGAGCAGUGUUUGUACCAGCCCCAGAAGCUGCUGGAGGACCUGAGGAAAGCAGAUGCUCAACAAUUCCACACUGCCAUGAAAUGCCUCUUAGAAGACAAGCAGGACCGCUUGGACCUGAAGGACAUUGUCAUUGACUUGGGAGAGAUUCGGGAACAAGCCUUGCAGAGCCCUGGUGUGAACCGCAGCCUGUUUGUCAUCACGCUGGAGAGGUGUUUCCAGGUGUUGAACUCCCUGGAGUGCGUGGAGAUUCUGGGCAGGGUGCUGAGAGGGUCUGCAGGCAGCUUUCUCCAGCCGGACAUCACAGAGAGGCUCCCCCGGGACCUACGUGAGGAUGCCUUUAAGAACCUAAAGUCACUCAACCUCUGGACUUCCCUGUCUUUAUUGCCAGAGUUUAAUGAGAGACAAACUUUCCUCCUAAAAUUCCCAUAUGAUGACUCUGUUUCAUGGGUCAGCGCAGAAAACUUAUGGAUUUUGGGCAGAUAUAUGGUUCACCUAUCAUUUGAAGAAAUUAUGAAAAUUAGCCCUACAGAAAUUGGGCUGUUUAUCAGCUAUGACAAUGCCACCAAGCAGCUGGACACAGUUUAUGACAUCACACCUGAACUGGCCCAGGCGUUUCUGGAGAGGAUCGGCUCUUCCAGCUUUGACAUGAGGAAUACCUCCACCAUCCACAGGUUGGGGCUGCUGGUUUGUUUCUAUGACGACCUGGAGCUGCUGGAUGCUGCCGUGGCCCAAGUCCUCCUUCACCAGAUGAUAAAGUGCGGUCACCUGAAGGGCUUCCAGGCUGGCGUUCAGAAGCUCAAAGCCGACCUUCUGGACAUUGCCAUAGAGAACCAGACCCUCAAUGAGACACUGGGAUCUUUGUCGGAUGCAGUUGUGGGUUUGACCUACAGUCAGCUGGAGUCCCUGUCCCCUGAGGCUGUGCACGGUGCCAUUUCCACCCUCAACCAGGUCUCUGGUUGGGCCAAGAGCCAGGUCAUCAUCUUGUCUGCCAAAUUCUUGGCCCAUGAGAAGGUGCUGUCCUUCUACAAUGUCAGCCAGAUGGGUGUGCUGCUGGCUGGGGUUGGCACCCAGGCUUUCUAUGGCAUGGAUCGGAAGGACAUCUCACAGGUCCUGAGAAGCUCUCUCUCCCAGCAUGUGUCUGAUUUGUCACCUGCCCAGCAGCAUGGUAUCCUCAGCAAGAUGAUCAAAGCAGGAGAUACUGCCUCUGGCAUUGUGGAGAUACAAGGGGCUUUCUUUAAGGAAGUUUCUCUCUUUGAUUUAUGGAGGGAACCUGGGUUCAACUCUACAGUCCUGAAGGAAAAGGAGCUUCGGAGCAGCCAGGCCCUGUUCCUGUACGAGCUUCUGUCAAAGACGACCAGAAGGCCCGAGGAGCUUCUGAGUUUCUUUAUCUGUAAACUGGGCACCACUGAGGUUAAUUGUUUGGCGUGGAAAUACUGGGAAGUUUCCAGGAUGUCUAUGCCGCCUUUCCUCUUGGCGGCUCUCCCGGCCCGCUACCUGGCGUCUGUCCCAGCCUCCCAGUGUGUGCCCUUUCUGAUCAGCCUGGGGAAGACUCGGUUGGACUCCUUGGUAUUAGAUUCCCACAAAAAGAAUUCAGUCCUCAGGAAAGUGCAGCAGUGCCUGGACAGUUCCAUUGUUGAUGAGUACACUGUGGACAUCGUGGGGAAUCUGCUGUGCCAGCUGCCAGUGACUUUCAUCGAUAGAGGGAUCUCCCCCAGGGCCUGGGCUGCUGCUCUGCACCGCCUCAGUGGCUGUCCAGACCUCAGCCCUGAGCAGAAGGCCUUGGUGAGACUCAGGCUCCUGGAACAGUACGGAGUCCCUCAGAACUGGACAGCAGAGACUACAAAGGACUUGGGACCCUUUCUAGUACUCUUCUCAGCAGAUGAAUUAAACUCUGUUGCCACAAAGUUUCCUGAUACCCUUCAACAAACAGCUUCCAAUAUGGCUGGAACUUUGCCCCCUAAAGAAUUUCUCUGGGCUGUUUUUGAAUCUGUUCGGAACAGUAGUGAUGACAGCCACAGCCCCGUCCCCAGCCCUGGUUGCCAUGGAGUCGUGGCUCCGUCUUCUGAUGACAUCUUCAAGUUGGCCGAAGCCAAUGCCUGCUGGAGCCCGGAGGAACUGCUCUGCAUGGAGGAUGACACGUUCACCAGGAGCGUGGAGCGGCUGGGGGCUGUCCAGGGUUUCAGCCAGCCUCAGCUGAUGGCCCUGAAGGAGAGGACAAUACAGGUGUGGGACAUGCCUUCUUACUGGAGAGAGCACCAUAUCAUGUCCCUGGGGCGCAUUGCUCUGGCUCUUAAUGAGAGUGAGCUGGAGCAGCUGGACCUCAGCUCCAUAGACACUGUGGCUUCCCUAAGCCAGCAGACAGAAUGGUCCCUAGGACAGGCUAAAUCCAUUCUUCAAGGGUUCCUGGAUGAUUCAGAGUAUAAUAUCCAGGAUCUGAAGAGUUUUCAUUUAGUAGGACUUGGUCCAACCCUGUGUGCUAUGAACAUCACUGAAAUCCCGCUUAUAAAGAUCUCAGAAUUCAGGGUGGUGGUGGCCAGAAUUGGGACCCUACUCUGCAGCAUCCACGUCUUGGCUGAGUUUAAGAGGAAGGCAGAAGUUGUGUUUGGGGAUCCCACCAAGUGGACCAUCUCCAUCUUGCAGGAGCUUGGGACCAUUGCAGCUGGAUUAACUAAGGCAGAGCUCCAAAUGCUCGACAAGGAUUUGAUGCCAUAUUUCCAGCCAUCAGCAAUAAAAUGCCUUCCUGAUGAGAUAUUCAAAGAGCUGUCCGCAGAGCAGAUCGCGUCCCUGGGUCCCGAGAACGCUGCGGCAGUGACCCCCGCCCAGCGCCGGCAGCUCAGCACGUUACAGCUGCAGAGCCUCCAGCGGGCACUAGAUGGCGCCAAGACUCACUCUCGCCUGGACGCUCCCGCCAGCGCCAGCCCCAGCCGGACGCCCUCGUCCCCGUCCCCGCCAGGAGCUCCCAUCUCAUGGGGCCUGUGGCUUGGCUGCUCCCUGAUGGUUCUCAUGGCCAAGCCCCUGUGGUGAGUGGCUUCAGUGCAUUGCCCCAUGGUGCUGCAAGCAGCCGGCCAAGGUGUGUAGAGACACAGGAUGCUUCAGACUGUGGGAGAGCCCUACCUGAACCCAGAGCCUCAACUAGGGCAGUGACACCCCAGGGCCUUGACAUUUAAAAGGCACCAAAAGGAAAAAUAAUUGUUAAAAAUGAUGUUGCAGAAUUUUAAGCCAGCCUGUGUUCUCAGCAGGGAGCCCUUCUCUGUCCUGCUUCAGCCUCUUUUAUUUUCCAGCUUGGAGACAGAGGAGCUUUGGGGAGGGAACGGUGCUUUCUGUUGGCAGCAUGAGGACCUCACGUGCAGAUUCCUGCCCUCCCUCCAGAGAGAAGCCGGAGAGAGGUGGGAGCAGGAAAAGGCGUUGUUGUAGCCAGGGCCUGAUCUGGUUUCUGCUCUGGCUUAAUUUCACUUCUUUGGAGCUCCAGGCUGCAUUGGAUUUCUCUUUCUUCAACAUUUAGCAGAGCUGAAAUAAAUGAAUCCCUCAACAGAAGCCAAUAUUCCUGCCUGAUUGCUGGGGCUAAUUGAUGUGUUGUGGGCAUCACAUUGCUUGGAAAUUAAAACAUUUAACAUGGCUCAACAUUAAAUCAAUUUUUAAAUUCA